UUCUGUUCCAUUCAGUCGGCCGUGCCCAACCACUUGGGCCGCAUCGAUCUGCCAUUCAAAAACGACGUGACGCGCAUCUGUUUUGCUGACAAACAUACGGGACCUCAGUGUUGGCUGUCUUGACCGGUGACAAGGCUGGAUUUAUCCCUUCUCUGACACGAUAUCCUUGAAACUCAAUUUGACAGCGUUUCCAUAUUCCUAUCACCUCAUAAGUUUGGACAAACUGCGCACGGUAUGCGGUGGAAGGUUGGAUUAAAAUUAAAUCGUGUCAACUCCCUAUGGAUGCUAUGUUCCGCGGGCCUGCUCCUUAUUCUACUUUCUUCAACAAGGCUAUAUCGUUGUCCAAAACUUCCACUUUUCAUCCGCUACCCAGGAAACGUGGACUUUUACAAAGCAUACGAGUCAUACCAGCAGAGGUCAUACACACCUGAUGUGAACCUACAACAAUGGUCAAGUAGCAUUAAGCUGAUUACGACAGACGUUUCUCUGUGUAAUUUUGCACAUGCGCCCGAACUCAUUAUACUCGUCAAAACAACCCAAGCUAACCAAUAUAGGCGCAAUCAGAUACGCAAAAGUUGGGGAAAUGCAGAAUGCUAUGUUGCACAUAAAAUAAGUGCUCACGUGCUCUUCGUCCUUGGACUGGUACCUACGGAAAAUGCAUCGCACUCCCAUCAACUCAUCGUGGAAGAACAGCUUGUACACGGAGAUUUGCUACAAUUCAGUUUCAUUGAUUCCUAUAUGAACAGCACCCGAAAAAUUGCGACAGCUCUCAGUUACAUCAGCUUGGUUUGUCCAGCUACACGCUUUGUAGCCCUCUUUAAUGACGACGUUCUGGUUAACCCUAGGGGUGUUGUUCAAACACUACGUGCAGUCACGCCACUUCAAUUUCCCAUUUUCUUCGGUGGCCACGUACACAACAGCGAACCCAUUGUUCGUGACUCUACACAAGAACGUUUCAUUCCUCAGCAUUUGUAUCCUUUCGAAAUAUCUCCUCGUUCCGCGGUUGGUGCCUCGGUUUUAAUGAGCAUGCCAGUUGCUAAACUUCUAGCUUUUGGAUUACACCUUAUGCCAUAUUUUCCCGUCGAUGACAUUGCAAUAGCCCUGGUACUGCUCAAUUUAUCCAUUAGUCCAACCGAUUUACCCGAAGUAUACGAACAUAACACAUUCCCUAACUUCAGCGAAUCUCAGAAGAAGCGGUUCAUCUCCAUGCAGGGAUUCGGAGAUGCUCGAUUACAAAGGUCUACAUGGCGAAUGAUGAAUCACCCCUGUAAUGCUUCAAUGGAUUCACCUCGAUCGUACGUAUCCGCCAUGUUUUGUGUUGCAAUUCUGCUUCUGAUUUUGCUCUAUAGCAGGAAGCAUUUUGUCUGCCCAAGUCUUCCGAUUAUUAUCCGUUACCCGGGGCAUGUGAAUUUUCAUCAAGCCUACCAAGUGUACCGAGAAAACAAAUCCCGAUUUGAUACUAAUAUGCAGAUGUGGCAGAGCGAUUCAACCUUGCUCUUGGACGAGGUCAGUCUGUGUGAAGCUAACUCCUCACCGGAGCUAAUCAUUCUUGUAAAAACGACAUAUGAAAAGCGCGCCUUACGGGAACAGAUACGCCGCUCAUGGGGAAGCCCACGAUGUUUUGCUGGCAACAAUAUGACUGUCCACGUACUUUUUGUAUUGGGAAAAGUACAAAGGUGGUGUCCCGUAUUGACCUCCAAGUGUCAGGAGUUGCUCUCAGAGGAGCAUGCAAAACAUCGAGACUUGCUUCAAUUCGGAUUUCUUGAUACAUAUAGAAACACCACUCACAAGCACGCAGCUGCCCUGAACUACAUUACCAAACGAUGUCCCGGUACACAUUUUGUGGCGCUUUUUGACGAUGAUUUUCUCGUGAACCCCGUUGGUGUUGUUCGGACGUUGCGUGGAGUUUCGGUUCUUCAUUACCCUAUUUUCUUCGGUGGUUAUACGCACGACAGCGAGCCUAUCAUUCGAAAUCCUAGUAACAAAUGGUUCAUUCCUCACGAUGUUUAUCCUUUCGAGUUGGUUCCUCGUAUUGCAGCAGGAGGUUCAGUCUUGAUGAGUAUGCCCGUUGCAAAACUUCUCGCUUUUGGCCUACAUCUCAUACCGUAUAUUCCCGUGGAUGACACAGCCAUGGCCUUGGUUUUACUAAAUUUUGGUAUCAGUCCAACUGAUUUACCUGAAGUUUAUCCAACAAACGAAAUCAAUGGUUUCGAUGCGGAAAAGCUCAAGCAUUUCAUUUCUAUGCAUGGAUUCAGCACAGUUCAGUCGCAGAAACAUGCAUGGAAAAAGCUGGUGCAUGCUUGUGGUGACAAAAAUUAAUUAUGAGGAAGAAUCAUAUCGAUUGAUUAUCUGGUUUUCUUGUUCUUGUUUGUUU